ACACAAGAAACAAGGUUAGUAUUUAGAGGAAAAUGUGCUGACACAUUCACAGUUCAAUUUCAUGCAAAAUGUAUUUUUUUACACUAUUUUAGAAAUCUGAUAUACAUUAUUGCAGAAAGUUAAUGUAAAUAUAGAAGGAGUAAAUGCACCCUGCAAAAUAUCAACUAACCCUCACACUCUUCCACCUGCUAAUAUUUACUUCACUCACUUCCACCAUUUUAUAAGCACUUCUCCAGACCAACUUAUUCUUCAUAUUUUCUCUCUUUUCUUUUCUGAGAGUUCUAACAAGGUAGUGAAAAUGGAGAGAAAAAGAAGCAAUGCUGGUUCUGUUACCAUGUUUGUAAUGAUGGUUGCAUUGGUUUCUCAGAACCUUGUUAUUGUUUCUGUUAUAGCAGACAAUGUUAAGGAUGGGAAAAAUGAGUUCGCUCCUGUGGCUCAUGCGGAAAGUUCUCCGUCGGGUUUAUCUAGUUCGCUAUGUGAACAUAGUCCACCAUCUCAUCACUCUGGAGGUGGUUGUGGAAGCAGUAGUCCUCCGCCGUCGCAUGGUCAUGGACAUGGUCAUAGUCCACAUCAUCAUGGUCAUGGAAAAUCACCGCCGUCGUCGGGUAGUGGAAGUUAUAGUCCAACCCCGUCAACUCCCACGCCGUCACCACCCUCGGGUGGUGGAAGUUACACUCCAACGCCAUCAACUCCAACUCCGUCGCCACCAUCGGGUAGUGGAAGUUACACUCCUACGCCAUCAACUCCCACACCGACAACACCUUCUGAUCCAACACCGUCGUCUCCUCCAAAUUGUGAUCCAACCCCAUCACCCCCCGAGGAUGGUAGUUACACUCCAACCCCGUCAACUCCCGAUCUAUCACCACCAUCAGGUGGUGGUGGAAGUUACACCCCAACACCAACAACUCCCGACUCUUCACCACCAUCUGGCGGUGGAAGUUACACUCCAACCCCGUCAACUCCCGACACAUCACCGCCAUCAGAUGGUAGUGGAAGUUACACCCCGACACCAACAACUCCCGACCCUUCACCACCAUCUGGUGGUGGAAGUUACACUCCAACCCCAACAACUCCCGACACUUCACCCCCAUCAGAUGGUAGUGGAAGUUACACCCCAACACCAACAACUCCCGACCCUUCACCACCAUCUGGUGGUGGAAGUUACACUCCAACCCCAACAACUCCCGACCCUUCACCACCAUCAGAUGGUAGUGGAAGUUACACCCCAACCCCAUCAACUCCCGACACAUCACCGCCAUCUGGAGGUGGAAGUUACACGCCAACCCCAUCAACUCCCGACACAUCACCACCAUCAGAUGGUAGUGGAAGUUAUACCCCAACACCAACAACUCCAUCAACACCCCCAACUAGCGACUGUGGAUCACCGCCACCAGUUGACUCUACAAGCCCAACAACACCAUCAAACCCUCCCUCCGGAGGUUACUACACAUCACCACCAUCAGAUCCUAUAACCCCAACAACACCGUCAAACCCUCCCUCCGGAGGUUACUACACCUCACCACCAUCAGACCCUAUAACCCCAACAACACCGUCAAACCCUCCCUCCGGAGGUUACUACACCUCACCACCAUCAGACCCUAUAACCCCAACAACACCAUCAAACCCUCCCUCAGGAGGUUACUACACUUCACCACCAACUUAUGCAGAUGGUAGCCCCCCAACACCAACCAGUUACAGCCCACCAACUUAUGGCGGAAGCACCCCGACCGAUCCUAGCACCCCCACUUACUCCACACCACCUUACCUUCCUGCACCAUCUCCCUUCACUGGUACAUGCAACUACUGGAAUAAUCACCCACAAAUCAUCUGGGGAUUACUCGGCUGGUGGGGAACCUUAGGCAGUGCAUUCGGUACUUCCAGCGUACCAGGAUUAGGAUCAAGCCUCAGCUUGCCACAAGCACUUUCGAACACAAGAACUGACGGGCUUGGAGCACUAUACAGAGAAGGUGCAGCUUCCUAUCUUAACUCCUUGGUGAACAACAAGUUCCCUUACACAACCGAGCAAGUCAGAGACAGAUUUGUAUCAUCACUCGGCUCAAAUAAGGUUGCAGCAACACAAGCUAAUCUCUUCCGGAUGGCCAAUGAGGGGAGAAUGAAGCCUAGAGCAUGAUCUUAUUAGUUUGUUUUAUGUAUCAGUUUAUCGAGUUCGGUUAAGUUAAGUAUAUUAUUAUAUCUAAGACUUCUACUAAGAGUGUUUUGCAUUAGGUAAUUAAUUACUUAUCAUGUGUUAAUUUACCUAUCAUGGAUUCAGUGUUAAUUAGUUUUUAUAUAUGGUUUCUCAGUUUUGAAUAAAGUUAAUAUUUCGUUGC